AUGCCGAAGAGCGACUACCCUGAAGCUUCGCCUGGACCAGGUGUUCAAACAGUUACUACGGACGAGUUGCGCGCACGUGAGUUGUACAAGUAUUUUCGUCCGCCAGCCAAUGAUGGCGAGUUGCCGGAUCCUAUGCUCACAGCGCACGCGCAGCUUGUUGCAUGGCGGCUCGGUGCUGAGCGUUCCAUGAUCACGCUGAUUGACGAACAUGUGCAAUACUUUGUCGCGGAGAGUACCAAAACACUACACCUUGACAACGCCAACGAACAUGAUCACCCUGAUGACGCGAUCUGGGCUGGUUGCGUCAGAGUCUCCAAGGCCGGGCGACUAUGUGAACAUACAAUUGCAGCGUCACCUCCGGAAGGCGGCGGGCCAGCUUGCUUCGAGGUCCUUGACCUCGGUAAAGACGAUCGUUUCAACAAUCUGGACUUCGUGACCGGGGCACCGCAUUUCAAGAAUUACGCGGGAGUGCCAUUGCGGACUCGGAAAGGCAUCAACAUUGGUUCCCUUUUCGUCAUUGACAGCAGAAUAAGGCCUGCGCUCAACACCACAGAGCGACUAUUUCUUGGUGUGGUGGCUAAUAAUGUGGUGAAGCAUCUGGAGAUGCUCAAAGAUAGACAAGAUUGCGAGCGCGGACUGAACAUGAGCGCAUGUAUAUCGGCAUACAUUGAUCCACUGCACAAGUCUACACGAUCCAGUGCCCGGAACGGCGUCCGCAGAAAGCCCGCAUUCCUUGCGCCUUCACAAGUGGGUGCGACUGAUGUGGACCACGAUGAAGACGAGGGCGGACGUCUGGGUACAUAUAGGCGUGCAGCCGCCUUGCUUCUUAAAGGACUCGAUUACGAUGAAAGCGGUGGUGGCGUAAUGUUUCUAGACACACUGCCAGUUGGUAGUAAGUCUAGAUAUAACGUCGAGGAAACCACUGCGACCUCAAGCAGUCAGGAAGAAUCCGACGGGGACGCUCAAGCACCAAUCAACCCUUCCACUUCCAGCGAUAGACAGCAAGAUGGGAUUCAGGGUGCAAGUCGAGCCAAGGACGAUUUCGAAAUCAACGCCACUGAGAUUCUCGCUCACGCAACCCAACCCAAAAACAGUUCGCGUCCUGGGUGUCCUCCCGUGGAACAGGUUGAGGUUCUGCCACCUAACUAUCUUUUGAAACUCAUCAAGCGAUUCCCAAACGGAAAAUUGUUUACUUUCAAUUUGAACGGCCACGCCAUGACCAGCUCCUCAGACGAAACCUCAAAGGUCUUGAGUUCUCCGCAAAGCUCCAAGUCUCACACCAAAGCCGUUAAACGACAUGAGACAGACGAACUACGACGCUGUAUCCCAACAGCUCGCCAGAUUGUAUUUCUGCCAAUCUGGGACUCAUCAACCUCUCGUUGGGCCGUUUGCAUUGCCUAUCACAAAUCCAAGUUUCGACACCUGUCCUACAAAUCUGAAUUUGUCUACUGCGCAACUUUUGGAAAUGCCAUCAUCGCAGAGCUUACCAAAUUGGCUUGCUUGCAAGCUGAUCAGCAGAAAAGCGAUUUUAUUGCUUCAAUUUCGCACGAACUCCGAUCACCUUUACAUGGUGUGUUAGCAUCAUGCGAAUUCCUGGAAGACACCGAGCUAUCGCAAUUUCAAAAGUCGAUGGUUGAUACAGCAACCAGUUGCUCACGCACGCUCCUCGACACAAUCAAUAUGGUGCUGGACUACAGCAACAUCAACAGGUUCGAAAAGACAAAAGACAGCCGAAAGGCCAGGAGUGAUCUCUCCGUAGAUAGCCGUUUCAAGGCUCUACAGACGAGUCUCAGCACACAUCGCACAGUCGACGUCGCUGCAUUGCUCGAGGAGGUUAUUGAUAGCGUGAUUGCUGGACAUGCCUUCGAAGAUCGUCUGAAAAGUAGAGGUUCUGUAUCAUCCACAACUCCUCAGAAAAUGCAUAUCGAACGCGAUGUGUGUGCUGAGGAUAGCAGCGUCAAGCUUAUCCUUGAUAUUGCUGUCCAUAACUGGACGUACUUCUUGGAGCCCGGCGCACUACGUCGGAUUGUCAUGAAUCUCGUCGAGAAUGCGAUCAAGUUCACUAAAGACGGUUCUGUCCACGUAAAACUCCAGAGUAACAGUUCAAAGGAUCCGGCAGCUCUCGGAUCUGUCACGUUGACAGUUGCCGAUACUGGACAGGGCAUAUCAGCAGCCUACCUCAGGAACACAGUCUUCACACCCUUUUCCCAAGAAUCAGAUUUGACUGGUGGAUCUGGUCUCGGCCUUUCGCUCGUCAAGUCGAUCGUCCGGAAUAUGGGUGGAAGAAUCAGUAUUGACUCAGCUGUGGGUGAAGGGACAAGUGUCACUGUCAAGCUUCCUAUGGUCCGCGAACCCAGCACUGUGCAGAACAGGAAGGGUAAAUCGGACUCAGAACACUUUGACAAUGCCGCCGAGCGUAACAGAAGUACAAGCAUCAGCGCUGUCAGGGACCAAGUC